CAAAUUAAGGUGCGGUCCUUCCAUUUCCUUUCCUUCAAGAACAUAAGUGUGAUUUUAUUCUCUCUUGAAGAGUGAGAAAAAUGCAGGAUCCUAACGCCGACACUGAAUGGAAUGACAUCCUCAGAAAGAAGGGGAUUCUUCCUCCUAAAGAGAAGCCCGAAGAUGAGGAAGAGGAGGAUCUUAGUUUACAGCAGCAGUCUGUUGUGAAAACGUAUGAGAGCAUGACACUGGAUGAGCUGGACGAGAACGAGGAUGAGUUCAGUGAAGAAGAUGAGGCUGCAAUCGAAAUGUACAGACAAAAGCGACUAGCAGAGUGGAAAGCCACCCAGAUCAAGAAUGUGUUUGGGGAGCUGGGAGAGAUCUCUGGUCAGGAUUACGUCAAGGAGGUCAACAAAGCUGGAGAGGGUAUCUGGGUCGUGCUGCAUCUUUACAAACAGGGCAUCCCUCUGUGCACCUUGAUAAACCAGCACCUAUUUGAGCUGGCCAGGAAGUUCCCUCAAACCAAGUUCCUCAAGUCUAUCUCCACCACCUGCAUCCCCAACUACCCGGACCGUAACCUGCCCACCAUCUUUGUCUACAACGAGGGGGAGAUGAAGGCCCAGUUCAUCGGCCCUCUCGUCUUCGGUGGCAUGAACCUCAAAGUAGAAGAGCUGGAGUGGCGGUUAUCAGAGUCUGGUGCCAUUAAGACUGAUCUGGAGGAGAACCCAAAGAAGCAGAUUGAAGAUAAACUCAUGACGUCCAUCCGAUGCUCUCUCCCCACCAAGAAAGACAGUGACUCAGACGAUGAUUAACCACCAACGACCGUUCAACCCCCCUGAAUGAAAUGAAUCUACGGCUUCUUCAUCCCUGUUAUGGCAGGGCAGGCUCCUGUGUUGACCAUGUAAACUUUACACCUCCACGAAUGCAUCUACACUGGCAGAGAGGUUAACGUCAGGUACAAGCACAUGUUUGUCGAGGGAGCAUUCCUCUUGAAUACUAUCUGAACAGUCACUCACUGCAUUUCCUACAAAGCCUUUCAAGAGAAGAUUAUAGGUCCUUUUUUUUAUUUUGGAUAUGUUUCAUAAUAUAUGACAUACUGUAAAUGUAUACAUUUCUUCUAAGUUAUGUUAAAUGUACGUAGCAUUCAGUAUCCUGUGCCAUCAUCAUUGACAGUUUUAUAUAAAGAGCCCAUCAAUGAGAAUCUGUUAUCAUUAUCACAUAAAGGACUUUUAAAAUAG